AUCUCGCACAACAGGUUUGGGUCGCCGUGGAGGGUGGCAUAAGCAUCUGCUAGAGCGAGCCUCAUUAGGAUGGCUAGUUCCGCGAGAAUGUCAAAGAUAUCGUCCCAGGGCUGCCUGCCCAAGAUGACUACUACCUCUUGAAAUGGCUCCGAGAUGUUUCGAUCUCCAGAAAUCAGAAGGCAUGCUCCGGAAGCAUGUCGCUUACCGGAAGCACAUGGAUAGCGAGCAUAUCUUUGAAUGGGAAGUGCCAGAGGUUGUUGACAAAUACAUGACUGGAGGGCAGUGUGGUUUUGACCAGAACGGUUGCCCUAUUUGGUAUGAGAUCAUCGGACCACUCGAUUGCAAAGGGAUCCUCUUUUCAGCUUCCAAGCAAGAUUUGCUCAAGAAAAAGUUCAAGGAUUGUGAGAACAUACGGAAAUUGUGUGAGAGCCAGACAGAGAAGCUUGGGAAGAAGAUUGAAACAGUCACGAUGAUCUAUGACUUCGAGGGACUUGGCCUGAAGCACCUCUGGAAACCGGCUGUAGAAGCCUAUGGGGAGCUUCUGGCCAUGUUUGAAGAGAAUUAUCCUGAGUCCCUGAGACGUAUUUUUGUCGUUAAAGCUCCCCGACUCUUCCCUAUAGCUUACAAUCUGGUGAAACAUUUACUGAGUGAAGAUACUCGCAACAAGAUUGUAGUCCUGGGAUCUAACUGGAAGGAGGUUUUACUAAAACACAUUGACCCCGACCAACUCCCUGUCGAAUAUGGGGGAACUCUCACUGACCCUGAUGGGAACCCCAAAUGUAGGACCAAGCUAAAUUAUGGUGGAGAGGUGCCCAAGAAGUACUAUGUGACAGACCAGCUGAAACAGCAGUAUGAACACGCAGUGAUGGUGAACCGAGGAUCCUCCCAUCAGGUGGAAUAUGAGAUUCUCUUCCCAAACUGUGUCCUUAGGUGGCAGUUCAUGUCAGACGGAUCGGACAUUGGCUUCGGCAUCUACUUGAAAACCAAAGCUGGAGCCCGGCAGCAUGCUGGUGAAAUGACUGAAGUGUAUCCCAACCAGCGCUACAAUGCCCACUUGGUGCCUGAAGAUGGUUCCCUCACCUGCACAGAUGCUGGUGUUUAUGUCCUGCGAUUUGAUAACACAUACAGCUACAUCCAUUCCAAGAAAAUCAGCUACACGGUGGAGGUCUUACUACCAGACAAGAAAUCCGAAGAGGAGAUUGAACAGCUGGGAGACCAAAUAAAGGAGCUCAAAACGAACCAUGCUUGAUUGAACGGAUCCUCUCCCUAUGCAAAAACCCACCUGCCUCUCUCCAACCUAUCUGAAGCAGCGGUGGUGAUGGGAUGUUCGUAGGGUGAGGAAGCAGAAUGAACUCUUCAAAGAUAGAACAUAGGAGAUUUGGGGAGGUAAUUUGGGGUUGGGGGCUAACAGGGUGAUCUUGCCUUGGAGCAGCUGGCCAUGACGGCAUGCUGUUCCCUUCCAGUCCCACAUGCUGUGUGAAAUGACACAUGCCCACCUCUGUGCGGAAUAGACAGGGCAAAGUUGGAGACUUAGCAUUAUAGAGCCAACAUUUGGAACGGGCUGCCUGCUCUGACAGCCUAAACUGGCACAGAAUAGAAUCCGAUGGAAUAGUUUGGCUCUGCAUUCACAUAAGACCCAGACAUCAGGAAAGUGGGAGGAAACCAGGCAAACACCUCCUGGAAGGCCAUACACCAGGCACGAGAGCAUCAGCCCGACUUACUUGUUUACUGCCUCUGGACAUGGAGGUUCCUCCUCGUUGGCCAUUAAUGAGACUUUUAGCAAUCAGACCUUGGCUUUUUAAAAGAAUCAACAUCUAAGCCUGCGUCCAUCACUGCCUCUUGUGGCAGCGAGUCCCAUAAGUUAAUUUCAUAUUGUGCGCAGCAGUCCUUUCUCUUUAUAGCCUUCGUUUUAAAACAGGCCUGCAGAACUGGUGCCCUACCAAACAACUAAGUGCCAUUCUCCAGCCAUGCCCGAUGGCUGGCCCGGUGCUUGGCAACCCUGCUGUUUUUACAGUUGAGGAAGAAUGCAGUUGAUGGUGUGAAAAGAUGUCCAACCAGCUUCUUCCACUCUAAGGUUUUGCUGCUCAUGAACUGCCUUAGACAACUGAGCUCCAAGGGGCCACUGACCGUGCCCUACCCAGCGCUCACUUCUGAAUGUCCAAAAGCUAGCAGUUUGUACAGUCACUGGGUGCUCCUUUUUGUAACUGGCAAAGCUGAGAUAAGUUCUGUUGCACCUGCCCGUGAGCUCUAGAGACAAAGAGAAAGAGGGAGAAGAAAGAAGAGAAGAUCCACUUGUUCCAGCUUUUCUUUUAAGACAUCUCCGUGAAAGCUUAAGAGUGUCUGAUCCAGAUGGGAAAUUUGUGCACUGCAACAUAUUUAAAAUACAGCUCUUCUGCUGGCCCUUAACUUUGCAGCAAAAUUGAAGGAUUCCCUGACCUUGCUGGACUGUCCAGAAGCAAGGUAACACUUUGUACUCCUUUGUCUUUAUUGCAGCUGUUUCUUAUGAUCUCAAACACUAGAAAUCUUAAUAAAUUGAUGUCUGUCAA